UACAUUAGCUGAUUGUGACAAUAUAUAUAACAAUAAUUUUAUUUUGCUUUACUAGUUAAAGAAAUUUUUUUUCAUAAAUUAAAAAGUGUAAUUUAAAACGGUAUACAAAUUAUCAAUUUGUCUCUAAAUAAUAUUUCAUUACUGUGUUGUUAUUUUUGUUUUACUAUGGCUUUCAAUUUAACAGUUAAAAUACAUCCAGUGGUGUUGUUUCAAAUUGUUGAUGCUUACGAGCGUAGAAAUAUUGACGCUCAUAGAGUAAUUGGAACUUUAAUGGGCACUGUUGACAAAGGAGUGGUAGAAGUAACAAAUUCUUUUGGUGUUCCUCAUAAAGAAUAUGAAGAUACGGUAGAAGCUGAUAUUGUUUAUGCGGCUGACAUGUUUAAAAUGAAUCAAAAAGUAAAUAGGUCUGAACAAAUUGUUGGAUGGUGGGCUACAGGUAGUGAAGUAACAACACAUUCUUCCACUAUUCAUGAAUACUAUUUAAUGGAAUGUAAUAACCCAGUACAUAUUACUUUGGAUACAACAUUGAAAAGUGAUAAUAUGGGAUUAAAAGCAUAUGUCAGUACACAAAUUGGUGUUCCUGGUGGAAAAACUGGAAACAUGUUCAUUAAUGUUCCCAUUGAAGUAACUUCAUAUCAACCUGAAAUAGUUGGGCUAAGUUUAUGUCAAAAAACUGUUUCUGUUGGGCAAAAAUGUCAGGAACCAAUUGCUGAGCUAGUACAAAUCGAAGAAGCGUCUUCAAAAAUAUCUGAUCUUUUAGACAUAGUUUUGGCUUAUGUUGAUAAAGUUUUAGCUUCAAAUGAUUUCAACACAACUGAUAAAAGCUACAUUGGUCGAAUGUUAUUAGAUUUAAUGCAUAGUGUACCACAUGUUACACCUGAGCGUUUUGAAGAAAUGUUCAAUUCUAAUGUUAAAGAUUUAUUGAUGGUUAUUACAUUGUCUCAACUUACAAAAACUCAAUUGGAACUUAACGAAAAACUUACAUUACUCAGUCUGUCUUAAUUUUAAGUUUAAAAAGUAAUAUCUAUUGUAAUUUUAUUGAUGAUAAAGUUCAUUUUUCAAUUCAA